AUGUUUCUUUACCGUGUGUUGUAUGUACUGGCAUUGCUCUUGAGCAUUAUGUCUUUAUGUGUGGCUACUGAUAAUCCUGAACUGCCUUCAGGUGAAGUUGGUGGUGGUGGUUGCACUCCUGAUGAAAGUCAACCUCAAAAGUGUCCUCCAACUCCUGAAGGUCCUUCUGGUCCUCCUGGCAAAGCAGGUGAUGCUGGACCUGUUGGUCCUUCUGGCCCUGAUGGAGUUACUGGUGAAGACCCCAAUGGUUCUGACGUUACUAGGGUAAAUCAGCAAAAUCCGACUAAAGGUUCCGAUCCUAAUACUCACUCAUCACAAGGACAACCUUCUGGUGAACCAGGUAAGCAAGGUCCUGCUGGCCAAAAUGCUGAAGGAAGCAACGUUCCUGGUCGUACCGAAGAGGUUCAGGAAGUCAAUAAAGGUAUUCGUCCUGUUACCACUGUUACUCCUGAAUCUUCUACUUCUGUUCUCACUCCUGAUCCUAACCCUACUGCUGGAAGUGAUGGUGAGUCUUCACGUGAUGGCAAAACGGGAAGCAACGGCAACAAUACACGACGUGAGAGUGAAAAUGAAGAUAACAAUGGAACUGCGGAAACACAACCUUCUGCUGACUCUCCUAACACUUCGGCCACAGUGAGUGGUGAUGGUUCUGAUACUGCAACACCUGAGAAUGGCACUGCACCUGCAGAGAGUGAGUCAACAAAUAACCAAGAAGGAGCCGUGGGAAAUACAGACACCACCACAACAACAACAACAACACUUCCUCCUGAACUCACAAACAACAAGAAGGGUGAUGCAGACAGCAGCAGCAGUAUCAGCAGUUCUGUGUGGGUGCGU